AUAAAUUAAAAACUGGCAACAAAGCAUGUUGUUGUUUUUACAAACUGGGGAUUCGUUGAUCAGCGACAGGAAGAAUGGAUUCUAAACACGAAGCUCUGAAGAGAAAAAGAAUUAAAAGUGAUGAAGCGUCAUCAGACAGCGACACCGAACCGAAGAAACCUCUCUGUAAAUAUGGUGAAAAAUGCUACCAAAAAAAUCUGAAUCAUAUACAGAAAUUUCGGCAUCCUCACAGAGACAACGUCGUCGUUAAACCUAAAUUAGAAGAUGAGAAGGGGGAAACAACUGAUGAAAGUGUGAUUGCUUCAGGCUCAACUGAAAUUGUAGAACAAAAACAAACUGGGAUUGACGAUAGCAAUAAUCUCUUGGCAAAUCAGGAAAGUGAGCCCCAGAAAACUAAAUUGGAAGCUGAUGAUGAAUUGCCACCUUCACCUGAAGAUGUGAAGGAAAAUAUAAAGCUUAAGUUCCUUGUUGACAUGCCAGAUGAUUUUUAUGAGUUCUGGGCAUUUUGCCAAUCUAUCUGUUCAAAAAAUACUUUAGAAACAUUUAAGGAUUCUCUUGGACUAGAAUUAGUUGGUCCAUUUCAACUACUUGAACAAAACUCAAACAGAAGUAAACCAAAGGAAAAAUGCGGCAAUUCAUUGACACAGUGGCGAUUUUAUUAUGAUCCACCUGAAUUUCAGUGUGUAAUGAUUGAUGACCUAAGCAAAGGAUUUCAUAUAGGGUAUUUCCGUGACGUCCCAAAUGAAAUGCCAAUGUUUGUUGGUUCCAACACGGAAUCAGAAGGCUGUGUUUUAACUCCCAUGAGCGAUAAUCUCUUCUCUGCUCUAAGUCAGAUCAUAUCUGCGAGGAUUAAGAAAGCCGACCCGUUUAAAAAAAGCCAACUGGCUACGUUGAAAAAGCAAUUAGAAGAUUGGGCAAACAAAAAUGAUAUCAUAAUUGAGCCCCAGAGUGAGAUUGUAAAAAAGAGAAAGAAGCUCAUGGUUGCUAAGACGUUUUACGAAUGUGGCAUUGUGGUUCCUGUAGAUAAAAAAACACAAGUUGGUUAUAGAAAAAUACCAGAGACAGAUGCUAACAUAAAAAAAAUUUGCAAAAAAAUUGUUGAAAGCCCAAAUUUGUCUGAACAAAAUAAGAACAGUGAUGCCCUUCAAGAAUUGGUGACUUAUGUGCAGUAUGCUAACGAUGAAUCGGACUACGGAAUGGGCUUAGAGCUUGGAUUAGAUUUGUUGGCCUAUGGAGGAGAUGUUUUCCAUCCAACAUUACUUCAUCUACUGAGCGUUGCUUACGAACUGCUGGAACGCCAUGAAUUCACCGUUAUUCUCCAGGCACACAUGAAAGAAAGACGGCGAUUGGCCAAGAACGAUGCCGUAAAAUAGAUGCACUUUUGUACGACCAUCAUGAUCAGGAUACCAUUAAAGAUUUUGUGUGCCUUCCUUUUUAGGUGCAAACUAAAGCGAAGAUCCCCCAGCAAGUUUUGAAACAUUUGUUAGUAUGGAUUGGUUUAAGAAGAAUUAUUUCAGUCUAGCAAGUAGCAACCCUUGUCUCGUUUGACAAGACUCGCGAGCAUUCUCGAAGCUGUUGCAAACAAAAAAAUAAAUUAAAUUAAUCUCCGA